AAGUGCAUACAUGAAACAUUGAGUUCGGUGACUGAGCCACAAAACCAAGCUCAGACAAUUAAUCCAACGCUUCUGGAGCCAAGCAAAGAAAGCAAUAAAAAUAACGUAAAAGGGGAUGAUGGAAUUUCAGGUGACAAGGAGCAAAGUUCUAACGUAAGAGAAGAAAGCGAAGCCAAAGACACAUCCGACUGGGAGGAGGAAAAAGAGGAAGAAGAACAAGAACUAGAACUACCGGGAUGGGUAAAGGCACUUAGUGCGGAUCCCGAUGAGACUGACGGCAAUUAUGUUGAAUUUGCGAUUGAGGAAGAAGCCAAGUCAAAAAAAACGGAUGAAAAUAGUGAAGAUAGUUCUAAGAAGGCUGAUAAAGAAAAUAAACUUGAUGCUGAGAAUGUAGAGGCUAAGGCUAAGGAAGAAUGUAACAAGGAUGAUGACAAUGAUGAAAAUGAUGACAAUAAUGACAAUAAUGACAAUAAUGACGAUGAUGAUGAUGACGCGAAAAAAAACUAUGGGGAAUGA